AUGGUCAGCCUGCCGGCGCGUUUCCAUCAAGGCCGAACUGUCGAAGAGGUGAACAGGGUCCUCUAUCAGGGAGAAUGUCGCAUCAACGUUGAACCGGGUUACACAAUCUACUCAAAUCUCCUAGCUUUCAAUCUGCCUAUGACAUUCAUGCUAGUUGUUUACGCCAAGAUCUACUGCACGGCUCGAAAGCAUAUUCGAAAAAGUUAUAUAAAAAGUGAAAAACAGAAAAAGGAGCAUUUAUGUCUCUGCAAAAAGCCCUUCACUUGCUGCCCGCGCUACGUUCUCAAGCCAGAGUUCAACAAAAAUGGCUCCUUUUUUCGGGUGGCCUUGUCUCGGCGAAAGCCACAGUCAGUGUUUGAUUCGAUUGAACAACAGAAAUCGUCGGGUGGCGGUCAAGAUUCGGAGCGCUCAUAUCAUCGACAACCUUUUGUAACAGCCGCCGCGGCUGCAGCCAUGCAUUUGGGAGCGACAGUGUUGAGUACUGCUCAGGAAUCAGGCAUAACACCUUCGCACACUUUUUGUAACUCAGAUCUCCCCGAUAAUAAACACACUGAUAUAAUUGAGUUAAGAUUUUCACAUUGCAACUCUGAAGAUUCCAUACGCUCCAAACAUUCUGUUGUAUCCCUAGACCCCCUUUCGCUCGACUCUCAGCCUGUUACUUAUGAGGCAGUCAGAAGAGUUCGAUUAGAAAGAUCUUACAAGCCAGAGGGGAUCCAAGGUAUAGUGAAGGAUAUUUCCUUCAUCCAGUUUGCAGAUGCAACACCAGAAAAAGUGUCCCCUGUGUCCAGUACAGCCUCCGCACAAUAUCCUUUUUCAAUCUCUCCAGGUGCACGUAGAUCAAUAUCUUGUGAAAAUAUAGCCUCGGGGUUGAAAACCGCGGGGAGCACUGGAAGAGUUUCACAGUCGGAUCAUGGGGUGCUGUGUUCAGACCAGAAAAUAGAUGCAACCAACUUCGUUCCCUUGACUGUCUUUUACCGCAGACGUCGACAACGGCACUGGAUCCGGAACCAGCAACUGCUGGAGAAGAAGGCACGACAGACUCUGAAGGAGAUCUCAAUCGACAGUAUGGAUGGUCCCAUACGCCGACCAGAAGAAGAGCAGAGGCUGAGGGCUCGACUGGAACAAAGGCGAGAAAAGCGAGCCAUUCGCACACUGGCGAUAAUCACUGGCUGCUUCAUUCUUUGUUGGUUCCCCUUCAACCUCAACGCCCUUCUCUCGCCCUUUUUCGGGCGUAUUCAUCCCCUGGGUGGUUCUGUCCUACUGUGGUUGGGCUACCUUAAUUCUCUUUUAAACCCCAUUAUAUAUACGAUAUUUUCAGCGGAAUUCCGCAAUGCCUUCCGAAAACUACUGUGCGGAAAGAACUGGCGGGGACGUCCCGCCUAA